UUAUUUACCAGCAACCACAAAUUAGAGCUUAUCAACCCAAGAAAUUAAUCAAAUUCAAGCACCUUUGAUUCAAAAGCUCAACACUUUUUUUAUCCCCUUUGUCAUUCUGUUUGUAUCUUUCAGACCAAGCAUUGAGUUUGGUGUUCUGUUCAUUCUCCUAUCACUGUUUCAUCAACCAACCAUCACCAACCACCCCAUCUUCUCUCUUCUCUCUCUCUCUCUAUCUUUAACUUUUGUGUGGGAGUUGCAGAGAGCAAGAUAGUGGAUUCUAAUGGCAGCAGCUUCAGGAUCAGUGGGGGGUGACACAUGGAAGGCCCAUUUGGCCAUGGCACUGGUGCAACUAUUCAAUGGCGGCUACCAUGUCAUCACCAAGGUGGCCCUUAAUGUUGGGGUUAACCAAUUCGUCUUCUGUGUCUUCAGGGAUCUCCUUGCCCUUGCUAUCCUUGCACCCCUUGCUUAUAUCCGUGAAAAACGGACACGACCACCCAUUACUAAGAACCUCCUGAUGUCAUUCUUCUUUCUUGGAUUAACUGGGAUAUUUGGCAACCAGCUUUUGUUUCUUAUUGGUUUAAGCUAUACUAAUCCAACUUAUGCUGCUGCCAUACAGCCAGCCAUUCCAGUCUUCACUUUUCUGCUUGCUGUGAUGAUGGGUACAGAAAGAGUGAACUUACUCAGAUAUGAUGGUCUGGCAAAGGUUGGAGGAACUCUGAUAUGUGUUUCUGGUGCCAUAUUGAUGGUUUUGUAUCGCGGUCCAGCUUUGAUAGGAUAUACAGAAAUGGACCUUUUAGUACAAGGUGAAAUAAGUGCCAGAGGUCAGCCAGAGCCUUCUGGAUGGUUAAUCAGUGGUUUACAGGGUAUUGGGUUAGACAAUUUUCAUCUUGGGGUUCUGUGCUUGAUAGGGAACUGUAUAUGCAUGGCUGCUUUUCUAGCCAUUCAGGCACCAGUAUUAAAAAAAUAUCCCGCAAACCUAUCUGUCACAGCGUAUUCAUACUUCUUUGGAGCUUUACUGAUGGUGACAGUGUCGUUAUUCAUGACUAAUGAGUCAACUGAAUGGAGUUUGACACCGUCAGAAAUACUCGCCGUUACUUAUGCUGGAACCAUUGCAUCUGCCCUUAACUAUGGACUCAUUACAUGGUGCAACAAGAUUUUGGGGCCAGCUUUAGUUGCCCUUUAUAAUCCUCUUCAACCUGGGUUUUCUGCCCUCCUUUCCCAAAUUUUCCUUGGAAGCCCAAUUUACUUGGGAAGUAUCAUAGGUGGAUCUUUUAUCAUUGCGGGUCUAUAUACGGUUACUUGGGCAUCUUAUAGAGAAAGACAGACAAGUGCUGGAGCUACUGUUCAUGGCUCUUGGGUCUCUGAACCACUUAUUCAUGAAAAAGGUGCAUUCCAGAGAGGUCACACUUUAUCGGGGUCCUCCAGCGUAUCCCCUAACGCAAAGCCAUCAGAUUGAAGAAAAUGAACGUAGAAAUUGGUGUCAUCAUUCUUCAAUCUGUUACUGCUUAUUGGUAAAUCUAUAUUUUGAUCAAGUCUAUAUGGAAUGUUAUUUCAGGACAAAUCGUCAAUGUUGUCCUGUCAAAAUUAUAUCUAAAAUUUGGAGUACAAUAUUAUGUCUGAAUUUUAAGACCAGUUUCGAAAUGUGUUUUUAUACGAACAGUGGCCACAGUGGCCAAAGUGCCACUGUUAGAAAAAAAAAUAGCAAAAUGUUAAGCCAACAGUAAAUUUUGUCAAAAUGUCACAUGGCAUAUUUCGCUACACUAUGUAGCGAAAUACGUGUGCAAAUAAUUCUCUCCACGGUGUAGCGAAAUAUGCUAGGUCAGAACCAAAAGUGCCACGUGUCAAACAGGGAGAAUUUCGCUACAUAGUGUAGUGAAAUUUUCCCAGUCUUACACGUGAUAUUUUUGGUUCUGUGCAUUCUGACGCGGCAUAUUUUGCUACAUCGCUAUACAGUGUAGCGAAAUAUGCCACGUGGUAUUUUGACAAA